CUGUUUCAACGAGAUAUGAAAAUAGCAUAUCCGUCGGUUAAUUGGGCAAAAACCUGCACCUCUUUGAAUACAAUUACAAUGUUUAAAGCAUUGUCAAGCUACACUUGACAGUAUUUCCGCACAUAUGAUACCGGAAUAAAGAUAAAAUAAAGGAAACUGGGCCAUGUGAGGGUUUGUUAAUGUUUGAUAUGAUAUUGUCAGGGUUUAUAAGAAGGUUCUACCUUGUAGUUUUCACCAUACAAUUGAGUUGAGAAAUAAGAUUUAUAAAUAUUGGUGUAUUAAAAUCUUCACCGCGUGAGUUUUCGUACAGUUGCUUUUAGUAUUAUUUUCAAUUUUUCUACUAGACGACCUUUAAAAGUGAAAAUAAUGAUUAUAAUACAUUUAUUGACAUAUUUUGUAGUCGUGUUCAUUGUUUUAUUUAAUUGUACGAUUUGCCAAUCAUGGGAUAGUGGUUUGCAUCGAAAGUAUGAUGGAUAUGGAGAAGAUUGGAUUUUUAUGCCCGAUGGAGAUGAUCAACCGCAAGUUGCGGUAUUAAAAUAUACGGAAAGUGAUGAACGAGGAAUUUUUGAUGAAUCGCAAGUUUCGUAUAUCCUUUAUACUCGAUCUAGCCCCCAAAAUGGUACUCACUUAUAUACGAAUGAUACUAACGGACUUCAAAACUCUAAUUUUAAUCCCUCUCGACAAACCAAAUUGAUAACACAUGGAUGGAAAUCAAGUGCAAUGAGUGCUGGCCUUCUCAACAUAAAAGAAGAAUACUUAAAACAUAAUGACUACAAUGUUAUUAUGGUUGAUUGGCAACCUUUGGCUGCAAGUACGUUUUAUCUUGGACCAAUGCGUAAUACAGAAAGAGUAGGAAGAACAACUGCUGAGUUUAUCAAUUUCUUAGUCGCAGAAACGGGCCUUAAAACCAAAAAUAUUCAUUUUCUUGGCCAUUCUCUUGGAGCGCACGUAGCUGGUAACACCGGAAGUUCGAUAUCUUCUGGUCUUUUGGGAAGAAUAACUGGUUUAGAUCCUGCUUUGCCUGGAUUUCAUUUGCUUACAUCUGAUAAAACGCGUUUGGAUCCUACAGAUGCGAUAUUUGUCGAUAUCAUUCAUUCUUGUGGUGGUAUUUUAGGCUAUUUGCAACCUUUAGGUAGCGCAGAUUUUUAUCCAAAUGCUGGAACAGCUAUUCAACCAGGUUGCUGUUGCAUUCCAGAAGUGAUAGGUAAUAUGUUAUUUAUAUACCUUGUGUGUGUGUAUGUUUAUAUGUUUAUAUAUGCUUUUUUUCCUGUAGAGGCAUGUAGCCAUGGUCGGGCAAGUAUAUAUUUUACUGAAAGUAUUGGCUCUCAAACUGGAUUUGUGGCAAGUAAGUGUGAUACCUGGGAUCAAUUUUUACAAGGAAGUUGCAAUGAUUCUGAAGCUACAUUGAUGGGAGAAUAUGUGGAUCGAACAGCAAAAGGAACUUAUUUCCUUAGAACAAGAUCUAAUCCCCCAUAUGCCAUUCAAACAGAAAUAGUUGAUAAUGCGAUUUAA